AUGCCUUUUGGAUUGAAGAAUGCGGGGGCAACAUAUCAGAGAGCCAUGAACCUGAUUUUCCAUGAUAUAUUGGGGAAGAUUUUGGAGGUUUAUAUCGAUGACGUGGUGGUGAAAUUGCAGAAGAGAGGAGACCAUAUCGUGGAUCUUAGAAAGGUCUUCGAGAGAAUGCGGCAACACAAGCUCAAGAUGAACCCCGCCAAAGGCGUCUUCGGAGUUCAGGCAGGUAAGAUCCAGCCCUUUUCCCCACUACUGAAGUUGCAGGGACAAAACGAGUUUGUAUGGGAGUCUAUACAUCAAGAGGCUUUUGAUAAAAUUAAGGCCUAUUUGGCGAGCCCGCUAGUACUUGUUCCACCUAGAGCUGGAUUCCCAUUGAAGCUGUAUAUAUCAACAGCUGAGGCUUCCAUUGGAAGUCUACUCGCUCAAGAUGACGAGGAAGGCGUCGAACAUGCCAUCUUUUACCUCAGUAGGACACUUACAGAUUGCGAAACAAGGUAUACUCCAAUGGAGAAGCUGUGUCUUACACUAUAUUUCUCAAAAGCUGUGAAGGGACAGGCCAUUGCAGACUUCUUAGCGCAUCACCCUACGUUGGAUGUCCCCACAGUGAAAGAAUUAGAGAUAGCGACUACCACCACUCGACCAGAUUUGGCGCGCAUUCCAGAAUAUGCUUUGGAGUUUAAGUGCACCAAUAACCAAGCAGAAUACGAGGCCCUUAUUAUUGGCCUGGAGCUUCAAGAGAAGUUCAGGUGUGUCAGUUGCUUGCUCGUACCAUACUUGAAUCGCGCUGUUGAGCUCCUGGACCAAUUUGAUGACGUGGGUUUAGAGCACAUUCCUCGCGAGCGCAACUUCGCGGCUAAUGAACUCGCUCAACUGGCUACAGGAAUUACAUUGAAAUACGGGGUCUGCGAGCGCAUUCUGAAGGUUGAACGAUGCACGCUACCUUCGUGGCUUAUGCGACCUGACCGGCCUGACAAACCGGUCAUCGCGGUCCUGGAACCUAUUAACGUAGAUUGGCGCAUCCCUUUGAUAGAUUACCUCAAGCAGCCAGACCCCAUCGCAGACAGGAAGAUCCGUUUCCUUGCUUUAAAUUACUUCCUCAGAGGAGAAGAGCUACGUCAACGCGGUGAAGAUGGCAUCGAUUUCAAGUGUGUCUAUGGUCGCGAAGCAAAACGAUUAAUGCAAGAAGUGCAUGAAGGCGUGUGUGGGGCCCAUCAAGCGGGUCCAAAGCUGCGUUGGCUUAUCAGGAGACAUGGCUAUUAUUGGCCCAGUAUUUUACAGACUGUAUCGCAUUUGCGAAAGGAUGCCAAGAUUGCCAGGCACAUGGACCAGUCCAGCACAUCCCCAAUGUUCCCAUGUAGCCCAUCAUUAAACCUUGGCCUGCGCGGGGCUGGGCUUUGGACUUGA